ACUGUAAUUGUGUGUUUACAUUUUGGCAGCGUAAAUGAAUGAGUAAUGUGUCUGCAGCUUGACGCUAGCGGAAUGAUACGGUGUGUGUUGUAAAUAUGGAUAUACGCUUAAGACUACUUGUUGCUAUCACAUUGCUUCUGACGAAGGUUUGCGUUGAAUGUCAGAACGAGCUUUGCCAUGACAAAUUAAUUCAACACUUGCCAGAUGACCACCUGACAGCCUCGAGCUCCAAAUCAGACCCGGGGCUACUUUCAACACCAGUCCAAGCAAGACUGAACAAAACAGAAAACACUUUGAACAAUGGAACUACUUUAAUGGGCGCUUGGUCACCGACAAGUGACAAUGGAGGUCAAUAUGUACAGGCUAUGUUUGAUGAAAUGACUAUGGUAACUGGGAUACAGACACAAGGUCGAAAUCAAGGUACCGAUCAUGUGACAUUGUAUAAAGUGGAAUACACUGAAGAUGGCAAAACAUGGCACCUGAUAAAUAACGAUUUAGGUUUAGAACAGAUUUUCAUGGGUAAUAGUGAUGGGGAUUCUAUAGUCGACAACCCACUAUCAUGCCCAGUAUUUGCUAAAGGUAUACGGAUUAUACCGAUGGAAUGGGAUCAACAUAUUGCACUGAGGUUCGAGGUGAACGGGUGUUACUUGGACAAUACUGUUAUAGUGUUAACAACACCAUCUGCAGGAACUACUCCGACACUUCUUACAACGAUGUCUUUAACAAAUGCAACAACAAUACCUACUUUCCUGCCAGGUAUUGCUACACCAUUUAGUUUGACCACGCAACCAGCGACGACAAAGCCGGGAACCACCAUCAAUAUGAGUACCCUCAUCCAAUGGUUUAAGACUCACUUGAAUAACAAUACAGCGGUUACAACGUCUCCAGCCGUGAAAACUACCACACCGGCCAUGUUUAUGCCUGGUAUACAGCACCCGUUUGGUCCAACACAAGCCGGAAUAGGAGUUCCGCCAAUUAUUGGAUAACAUAACAUAAAAUGUUUCGUCAUAAUAAACGAUAUAGAAGUAGAAAAAUAUGUGUCUUUUGUCUGAUAUUUCCUACUUAUUUAUAAAAGAACAAAUACAAAUUAUCUUGAA